UGGUCCUGUCCACUCCGCCGAAGCCCAUGCCGUAACGUUCGGCCAGUGCCACGAUGGUGGAGCGCACAACAACCCAGCCAGCCAGCCGCCCCGACCGGAGUGCGGAAUAAAUCCCAACCCCAUUCCCAGCAAGCAAACCUCCACAUCUCCAUGGAAUUUAGAACCACCUGUCCAUCUCCAUCUCCUAGAUAGCCAACCCAACCCCAAGGAAUUUCGUGCUCCUAAUCUCGGGGGCUGCGAUCCGGUCUCCUUCGUGCUCGUAGGAGCGGCGUAGCUCCGUCAUCGUCAUCACCAGUUUAGUAGUCGUCGUCCUCGCAGCGAGUUCACAUGGUCUGCUGCUCUCAGUCUGACUGCGCGCAGCAGCAGCAGGCGUAAAUCUUCUUUGCCACCGCAACCCAACCCGGCAAAAGUCCUGCUGCCUGCCGUUGCCUCUUCUCCGGCCGUUUCGGCUUUUCCUCCCCCGCUGCCGCCGCAGAAAGCCAGCAAGCUCUCGAGCUCGCAAUCAAACCUUCCUCCCCUUUUCGCCCAGCCUUUCCCCCUCCUCUCUCCGCAGGCAGCACUAGUAACUGCCCUGCUUCCUUGGCUGCUCUUCUUGAAGCGCCUUCCUUAAAACCGGAGGGCAGUUACUCUGCCGCCAUUAAAGCCCUGCUCCGGAACUCCACCGGCGGCCGUUUCCACCCUCUCGCCUCCGGCGGGUCACAAUCCUCGCCUCGCCACCGAAGAAGAAAGAUGACAGGGAAAGAGGAGGAGGAGGAGUGAAAGGAGACAGCCCGCUCCUUGACGCCUCCCCCGCUGCCCCUCCCCGUUCGGGAAACCUACCACCGAUUGCUCUUGCUCGCUCAGGUCCCGUCCCCAUCCGUCCACCCAUCCGUCGUCGUCUUCCUCCUCCCGAUUUCUCUUUCGAGGUCCGGUGAAAAGCUGGUUCCCCUUGUCUCUUCCUCCACAGGGUAGCGAGCGGAGCUUCUUGCGCCUUGGCUUUGGCUUUGAUUCUUUCUCUCUAUCCUUCUUGGCCCCUCUCAUCUGAUGGCUCCGGCUUAGGUCCCGGGUCCUCCUCACCUAAUCUUGUUUCUACUCCCGGUUGGUACCGCCAGCAGCCCCGCCCGCCUGCCUUGCCGGUCCAAGCAAUCCAUCGAUCUACCCUCCCUCCCUGCCUGCCUACCUACAUAGCCAGCCUCCACGCACUCCUCAGACUUCUCCAGAGUCACUUCAGACUUGAGAGUUCAGACCAGUCCACCUCACUGCUCUUUCCCAGAGCCUUCUUCCUCCGUGUGCUGGUUGCUGGGAGGUUAGGAGGCAGUGCUUGCUCGCUCGCUCGGUACCAUCAGGGGAGGGAGGCUUCGGGUGCUGCGUGCUGAUCGGCCCCUGAGGUAAUCAAGAUCAGAUUUUCCAGCAUUCACUAGAUUUUUGGUUCUUCGGCGAAGAUGGAGCUCGUAUAUUUGGAAAGGAGGAACGGAUUACGCGGCGACAGCGCCGCUCCAGAGUUCAGUGGAAGGUCAGAAGAUGACCAUCAUCAACACCUGCCAGUUGUUGCACCCGAGGUUCAGUCUGAUCUGGCUCUGGUAAACUACAGGCAGACAUUUCCAUUAGAUGAGAGGAAGAGCAGGAGCUGCCAGACAUGCCACAGGUCACCAUGCUCUUGCGGUGGCGACGCGCCUCGCCCCGACUUGUGCCCGACGCUUCCUGCGAAGAUGAUGAUCUUGGAGUUCCUGAUAAGAAGCCUGAGGCACCCAACAAGAACCCACAACGUGAGUGAUCUCGACGACUUGAUCAGCGGCGGAGCCAGCGCCGGGGAUGUCACCCUCAGUCCUUCGGACAAGAUGAUGCUGGACUCCUUACAUGCGCUGGUGAACGCCAAGACAAGGCCGCCGAAGAGCCCCUCUUUCUUCCUUCCGGGGGCCAAGAUGAGGAAAACCCGGUCAAGAUCACACACCAUAACACAGUCAGAGAUACUGAAGCUGAUAUCCCCGGAGACAUGGGAGAUGUCCUCCCCCGGGGCAUCAUCACCGUCGAAGAGAAGCGCGGCGGAGCUCGCCGCGCAUGAGGGCACGGCGCCUUCUUGCUCAGGCACGGCAUGUCUGAGGUCAAAUCAGCCUGGUCUGUCCUCACACCCACCACCAUCAUCAUCUCUUAGUGCAGGCCUUCUGCAGUGUAUAUGGAAAGAUGGGCUCCCUCACUUUGAACUGUCACUGGACAACCCAAUGGCGAUGUACACCGCAAGCCCUGUCAAGCCGCAUGGCGACGGCAAAGCCGCCGCCGCCGCCGACUACGUCUACCUGUUCCAUUCGGACGAGCAAGGGAAGAAGGACUGGAUGGGGAACUACUCGAGCGGCGUGUCGAAACUCGUCGGCAAGAUGAAGGUGACAAGCUCUCUGGUGCUGGGCUCAGACGGGUCAAGGGGUGUGGAGACUGAGUUUGUCAUGUAUGGCUCCCCUGAUGACUACCUGAGGCAGAUGCAGAGCGCCUACAGUGCUGCAAAAGGCAAGGGGCUGGUGAAGAGGGUGGCAGAGAUCAUGAGGUCGCCCAAUGCUUCCUCCAGCCCGAAACAUGCUGCAUGGGGAAGGUUUGGCAGACCUUCUUCCCCGCUGCGGUUCGACGACGAUGUGCGCGAAAUGCUCGACGCCGAACUGGGCGGUGCUGGAAAGGCGACAGGGUUGGUGAGCCUCGCCGCCGACGAUCUGCCGGCCAACCAGGAGGUCGCGGCGAUCGUGGUGAGGGAACGGCGGGAAGAGCCAGCCGUCGUCGGCGGCUGGGGCCUCAAGUUCCUUGAGAAGGCCGGAGGAGUCGCUCAUUCAGAGAGCAGGAAUAAGAAUGCAAGGUGGUGCAUAAGCGCCAUUGUCCCAAGAGGAUACCACGGCGGCGCGGCUUCCAAGAAGGGCGGCCCGUCGGGGCUCGUCGAGCGGUGGCGGAACGGCGGCCGCUGCGAGUGCGGCGGGUGGGACCUCGGCUGCCCCAUCAGAGUGCUGACCAACGACGGCGGCGGGUCACCGCCGCCUGAGGACGGUGCCAAGUCGGUGGAGCUGUCACCAACGGGGGCGAGGAGCGGCGGCGAGCCGGCGGUGAGGCUGGUGAGCGUCGCGGAGGGCCUCUUCAUCCUCUACUUCGACGCCGGCGUGGUCUCGCCGCUGCAGUGCUUCGCCGCCGGCGUGGCGGUGGUCCACAGCCAGGCGCCCCAGCUCCACCCAAAACUGUGAACCUUCUGUAGUUGGGUUGAAGAAACUGACCUUCUUGUAAGAUUGUUGACUUUAUCUUGAGAGAGAUGACAGGUAAAUGUCCUAGAGCUCGAGCUGUUAAUUCAUCAGCUUUUCUGGAUGAAGGCUGAAAGCCUGGAACUGUAGUAGGAAUCACAGCCCAUGUAAAAAAUGGUGCCGAUAUAAAGUGCACAGAUUUAUUUA